AUGAUUAAGUUUUCGAAUUUCUCUCUAUUUUUCCUGCUGUGGAUCUCAUCCAUCGCGCAGAAAUGCUUUUGCUCUUCGAUCAUUAAUCCGUCUAAAGUCAAAACUGUAUCAUGGAAACCCAGAGCAUUUGUUUACGAAGGAUUUCUUACGGAAGAUGAAUGCAACCAUUUAAUAUCUCUUGCAAAAUCAGAAUUGAAGAGAUCAGCGGUAGCUGACAAUGAGUCUGGAAAAAGUAAACUGAGCGAGGUUCGGACCAGUUCCGGAAUGUUCAUCCCAAAAAACAAGGACCCUAUCAUCGACGGCAUCGAAGAGAAGAUUGCUAUGUGGACAUUCUUACCAAAAGAAAAUGGAGAAGACAUACAAGUACUACGUUAUGAGCCUGGACAGAAAUAUGAACCUCACUAUGACUACUUCGUCGACAAGGUGAAUAUAGCUCGUGGUGGACACCGCAUUGCGACUAUUCUAAUGUAUCUUACUGAUGUUGAGAAAGGGGGUGAAACAGUGUUCCCCUCAGCAGAGGAGACAUCUCAUCGCAGGUCAGUAUCAGUCGAUGAAGAUUUAUCAGAGUGUGGACGGAAAGGUAUUGCAGUGAAGCCACGGAAAGGGGAUGCCCUUCUUUUCUUCAGUCUUUUUCCAGACGCAGUUCCUGACCCUACCAGUCUCCAUGCGGGUUGUCCUGUAAUAGAAGGCGAAAAGUGGUCAGCGACAAAGUGGAUUCAUGUCAAUUCUUUCGACAAGGUUGUGGGAUCCAACGGGACCUGUGCAGAUGCACAUGAAAACUGUGAAAGAUGGGCUUCCCUCGGGGAAUGCACCAAGAAUCCUGAGUAUAUGGUCGGAUCUUCAGAUCUUCCGGGAUAUUGUAGGAAGAGUUGCAAAGCAUGUUAA